AUGAUCAAAUAUAUAGAAGUUCAAUUGAAAGAUUUAAUGAAUAUGAAUGAAAAGAAUCAGAAUUAAGAAGAUUUAUUGAAUUCAUUAUAAACAAUGGAAGAAGAGAUAAAUAUAUUAAAAGAACAGAAUGAAAGUUUGAUAAAUGAUUAAUGAAAAUAAAAGAUAAUUGCAGAACUUUAGCUAGUCAGCAUAAACAGUUACAGAAAUUUGUAGAAGAUGCAAAAAUAAAUAGUAUAACAAUGAAUUAGUUCAUGAGUAAGUUUGAAGUUAAGAGGGAGAAGUAGAACGAUUAAGAAUGA